GUAAAGAUAAGUGUCUUCCAAAUCAUCAAACGCCGACGGGAAAGAAGUUGCCGACCAAGUCGUGAUGCUUCGUAUCCGACGGAGCGGGGGAGAUUUGAGUCACUGAAUACAAUAACUUGCGGGCCUUCCCCCCCACCAGCUUCUGACGACGACGACGCUUCGACUUUCUUCCUCCCUUGCAGACACAGACACGAUGAUCACCGCGCUGGCGCAUGUCAACCUGCUGGUUCCGCAGGGAACCUUGGAUCAAGCACAUGAGUUCUACGCCGAUACACUAGGUCUGACAUCCACACCCGUGCCGGUGUUACAGCGAGGGACUCUUGCCUGGUUCAACAUCACCCCGGAUGGCAGCCAACAGAUUCACAUUGCUUUCGGUAGCAAUGAGCCCACCGCGCAGCGCCAUCCGUGCUUUCGGGUCGAGUCACCGGAAAAGCUGCACCAGCUGCAGCAGCGUGUCUGGGAACAUCAUUUGCGGGGUGGCUCCAGCGCUCCAUUGAUGGCUGAUAAGCCGGGCGUACAGAAUUCAGGGUUUCAGGGAGUCGAGUAUCCGACGCGCUUUUUCGCACGAGACUAUGCUGGGAACCGGCUGGAAUUCACCCUGUAAUUAUCUGACAGAAUCAAGAAUAUGAAGUUUCGAUUCAUCAAGUUCCUAAUCAGCUUUCGAAUGCUGCAUCCAACUAACUACCUAGAUAACACCUCU